AUGUCCACUUCGGCAAACAAAUCCAAAGCAUUUGCUAAAUUCAAAAUUGUAUUUAUUGGCAACCAAGCCGUUGGUAAGACAUCAAUCAUUGCUCGAUUCGUUUAUGAACAAAUCCCUUAAUCACAUCAACCUACUAUUGGAAUCGACUUUCUUUCAAAAUGCAUUUAGGUAGAGAAUAAAACAGUAAGAUUAUAAUUAUGGGAUACUGCAGGAUAGGAGCGUUUUAGAUCGUUGAUUCCAUCUUAUAUAAGAGAUUCCCAUGCGGCCGUCCUUUGUUAUGAUGUUUCAAAUGCUCAGUCAUUUGCGGAUAUCAAAUCAUGGCUUGAGUAUGUAAGAGAGGAAAGGGGAUCUGAUGUAGUUGGUGUACUCAUAGCUAAUAAAAUAGAUAUUGAAGAGAGAGUUGUCACAACAUAAGAAGGUGAAAAGCUUGCAAAAGAACAAGAAUUACUAUACUAUGAAGUCUCAGCUAAGGAGGGAACCAAUGUCUAAUAAACUUUUAAGAAUCUUGCCUUGAAACUUUUAGGUCCUAUCCAAGAUGUUGAUUAACCAACAACUUUAGGUUAAUUAGAUUCUAAUCAAGUUUCCCAAUCCACUAAUUCAUACAACAUUUCAUUAUAACCAUAAAACCAGCAAAACAAUUAAACAGAUUAGUAGAAAUGUCAAUGUUGA